UAUGGCUUACCGCGGUGAUCUCAUCGCAUGUGAAGUUGAUUUUAGUGGAGUCCUCGAGGGCAAAGUCUCUGUGUUGUUCUUCUUGAAUGGUAGAGAAGUAGUGCGUUCUUCAGUGGAGUAUACAGAGGGAAAUAAACUAUUUCCUUUCGUUUCAUUGGGAUCUGAAGGCAUUACAGUGCUCACCAAGAUGUGCCAUCCCGACAGAGACCAGUUUAGUAGAGUGACAAAUGAAGACCUUCAGAAGGAAAUUGGAGAUCUGCGACGUGAUUUUCAGGAUCAACUUGACAAGCAAAGGAGGAUGUUAAUGUCAGAAAUGAGAGAUUUAGUACUGCGUUUGAAGGAAGUAAAGGAUAAAGAAGAACACGAAGAAGAUACUAAGAGGCUGGACGGAGGAAAACAAAGAAGAUUUUCAUCUCCUCAGUAGUUGUUCGAGAACAUUUAUUCAGCUUAGGUGCAAUCUAAAUUUGUGUGAAUCCCUGUACCUUUCUUAAAAUUCCUCAAGUCUCGAAUGAAGAUAGCAGCAGAAGAGAUUUUUUUAUCUAAUACUAGACUAAUAUUUUUAUCGAAUGUAAGCGCGAGGCGGGCACGAAGGGCGAGUCACACGCAAGGAGAGAAAUAUACAUCUGUGCAACUUAUGCAUAUGUGAUCCCGGUGAAUAAAAUGAUCCUCAAGUAUGCACUGCAAUGAACCCGGGAAAUUUCGAAUUGAUCGGCGCAUAAGAUCAUA